UAGGGUCUGUCACAAUAUAAAGCCACAUUCACCCCAUUUCGGCCAUUGAGUCAUCCAUUGAUUUCCUGAACAUGGCGAAUGAAAAAAGUCUCCCUCUUUAUGAUAAAACUUGGGUGAAGCACACGUUUUCAAGAACAAUGGAUUCCUUCAUUCUGCUCCUCCUUCUCCUGCUUCUUGCUUAUCGUAUUUUCCGGCAUGACAGCAACACCUUCCUUUUCUUCGUUACCGUCACAUGCGAAUCAUGGUUCACUUUCGCUUGGAUUCUCGUCAUCAACACCAAAUGGUCUCCUGCACACACCACAACCUACAUAGACCGUCUCUUGCUUCGGGUACCUGAGGCUGAGCUUCCAGCAGUUGACCUAUUUGUGACAACUGCAGACCCUGUGCUUGAGCCACCUAUCAUCACAAUCAACACUGUGUUGUCUCUGUUGGCACUUGAUUAUCCUACCAACAAGUUAGCUUGCUAUGUUUCUGAUGAUGGAUGCUCCCCUCUUAACUUCUAUGCCCUUCUCCAAGCUUCUAACUUUGCUAAGCUUUGGGUACCCUUUUGUAAGAAGUACAGCAUUCAACUCAGAGUGCCCUUCAGAUACUUCUCUACCAACACCAAUCCUGCAAACAAUCAAGAUUCACCGGAAUUUGUUCAAGAAUGGCGAAGACUCAAGAAUGAGUAUGAGGACCUCUGCAGUAAAAUUAUGAAUGCAGCACAAGAUUCCAUUCCACUUAUAGGAGAAUUUGCCAUCUUCUCUGAUACACAGCUUAAAAACCAUCCAACCAUAAUUAAGGUAAUUUGCGAAAACAAAGGUCUUUCAGACGAGUUGCCACACUUAGUGUACGUAUCUAGAGAAAAGAAGCAGGAACAUCCCCAUCAUCAUAAAGCUGGUGCCAUGAAUGUGUUGACAAGAGUUUCUGGAGUGAUGACAAAUGCUCCUUUUAUCCUGAACGUAGACUGUGACAUGUAUGUUCAUAAUCCAAAGAUUGUUCUACACGCCCUCUGCAUUUUGCUAGAUUCAAAGGGAGAGAAAGAAGUUGGAUUUGCACAAUGUAUACAGCAAUUCUACGAUGCCUUGAAGGAUGACCCUUUUGGAAAUCAACUUGUGGCAACGUUUCUGUACCUAGGUGGUGGGUUAGCAGGGAUCCAAGGAAUAUUUUACGUAGGAACAAAUUGCUUGCACAGAAGACAAGUAAUUUAUGGCCUUUCUCCUGAUCAUCACAUUCGAAAUGGAAAGAAGCAUGAUGACAUCACUGAUGGGAAACUCUCAGAAAAGGAAAGAAUAUUUGGAAGUUCAAAGAGGUUUGUGGAAUCAGCUACUAAUGCUUUGGAAGGGAAGACAUUGGCUUCUAAUAAUAAUAUUUGGAAAAAUGUUGAGGCAGCGAAAGAAGUUGGUACUUGUGAAUAUGACUACGGCACUGCUUGGGGUAAACAGGUGGGUUGGAUGUAUGGAUCAACAUCAGAAGAUGCACUUACAGGACUGAAAAUUCACGCAAAAGGUUGGAGAUCUGAAACUUGUUCACCAGAGCUUAUACCGUUUAUGGGUUGUUCACCUCAAGAUGUGAUAAAUGUAAUGAGUCAACAAAAGAGAUGGACCUCAGGGUUGCUUGAUAUUCUCCUAAGCAAAAACAAUCCAAUUUUUUUAACCCUGUUUGGUAACCUCCAAUUCAGACAGUGCUUGGGCUAUCUUUGGGUAAUCACUUGGGGCUUACGAUCUGUUCCUGAAAUAUGCUACACUCUUCUCCCUGCUUAUUGCAUCAUCAACAACUCUACUUUCUUGCCCAAGGAACUUGGACAAUGGAUUCUUGUGACUAUGUUUGUGAUUUACCACAUAACUACUCUUGUAGAGUACUUGAGAACAGGGUUGUCAAUGCGAACAUGGUGGAACAGUCAAAGAAUGGCAAGGAUAACCACCACGAAUGCUUGGUUUUUUGGAUUUUUGUACGUCCUACUUAAGCUAUUCAAAAUAUCAGAUAAUAAUGUGUUUGAAAUAACAAAAAAAGAGCAACCAUCAUCCAACGAGGGUGCUAACGAAAACAACGGUAGAUUCACUUUCAACAAUUCUCCAAUUUUUGUGCCUGGCACAACUAUUUUGCUUAUUCAACUCAUAGCACUGGUUACCAAGUUGUUGGGAUGGGAAACACCUGUUAGAAAUGGUGAUGGAUCUGGCAUAGGAGAAGUGUUUUGCUGUUCUAUUUUGGUUGUGUGCUACUGGCCAUUUUUCAAAGGUUUAUUUGGCAAAGGAAAAUAUGGAAUUCCCUUAUCCACCGUAUGCAAGUCAGUGCUCUUGACUUUCCUUUUCGUGUACUUUUGCAGAGCUUAUUAAGAUGAUCUGUUAUUUUACUUUUUUAGAAUAAUAAUGAUAUUUUGAUUUCUAUAAUCUGACUCAUAUCUUGUAUAUGUGGUUUAUUAUUGGACAUUAAUAAUGUUCCACACUAAAUCAAAUCAGAGAGUACAAGAUGAGAGUUAAAUUCUGGAA